AUGGGAGACGCCCCCUCUACGAUGAGUCACUCCGUCGCUAUUGACAACCAGAGGAGGCCUGGUCUCUCUCCUCCCACACAGGGACCAGCGUCGCCACUGCCUGGGAGUGUGUCUUUAAAGGGUGACCAGUCUACGGGAGAGACUCUGGUCGUCAAUAGUCAAGAUAUACAGGCAUCCUCAGAUCCCAGCGAACAGAGGUCUGAUCUGACCCAGGAUCAGUCCAGGUGUGGAGUGUGUGAGAGGGUACUGAGGGACCCAGUCAUCACCACCUGUGGACAACACAGCGUCUGUGAGGAUUGCAUCGGUAGACACUCUGACCAAGCUGCACCAUCUGAAGAAGACCACACCUGCUGCCCUCUGUGCAGCGAAGAACUGCGGGACAUUGUUCUGCAGAGUGUGAUCCAAGCCUACAAAGACAGACUGAAGAAGAGGUUCGAGUACGUCAGCGACGGCGGGGUGCAAACGCUACUCCACGGGAUCUACACCGAGCUCCGCCACGCGGAGGGAGAGAGCGAGGGCGAGGGCGUGGAGAAGGAGCACGAGGUCUGGUGGGUGGGACCCGCAUCCGGGAUCCACGAGACGAGUGGAAAUGACACGAGCAGCUGCUGUAAUAAUGACAUCUUCAGACCGUUGGCGGCUGGGGGAGGAGAGGGGGGAUACAUCAAGACUGUGCUGACCAAAGGUGUCGCUGGCGUCGGGAAGACCGUCUCCGUGCAGAAGUUCAUCCUGGACUGGGCGGACGGCCGUGCGAACCAGGACGUCGACUUUGUGUUUGUGUUCCCCUUCCGACGGCUGAGUCUGAUUGGACAACACUCCUCCCGGUACAGCCUCCGACAGCUUCUGCUGGAGUUCCACCCCGAGCUGAAGGAGCUGAACGACGACGCGCAGCAGCUGUACGAGGUCUGCAAGCUGGUGCUCAUCUUCGACGGACUCGACGAGAGCCAGCUCGCCCUGAACUUCCACCACGGCCACGGCGACGGCUACGUCCUGUGCGACACCAACAACAGCGUGGCCUCGGUGGACGUGCUCGUCACGAAUCUCAUCCAGGGCAACCUGCUUCCGUCCGCGCAGGUUUGGGUGACCUCGCGACCGGCGGCGACCAAUCGGAUCCCGGCUAAGUACGUCGACCGGGUUACGGAAAUACGAGGCUUCGGUGACACGCAGAGGGAGGAGUACUUUAGGAAGAGGACCGGUGGCGAUGAGGUCACGGCCAGACGAAUCAACUCUCACAUCAAAUCCAGCAGGAGCCUUCGCACAAUGUGCCAGAUACCAGCCGUCUGUUCCAUCGCCACCACCGUGUUUGAAUACAUGCGGGGUUACCAGGGCGACGGUGAUAAACUACCCCAAACACUGACUGAAAUGUUCGUUCACUUUCUACUCCGGCAAGUGCAUAUGGAGAACGAGAUGUUGGACGGAGAAGAGGGGAUGGACAGAGAGGCGUUGUUAAAGUUGAAGGCGGACGUCAUCGUGAAGUUAGCGGAGCUAGCCUUCACCCAGCUGGCGAGGGGCAACCUGCGGUUCCACGAGGACGACCUGGGGGAGUGCGGCAUAGGCGUGGGCACGGCCACAGUCUACUCGGUCGUCUUCAGGGAGAUCUUCCGAGAGGAGUCUCCGAUCGAGCACCACGCCAAGGUGUUCAGCUUCGUGCACCCGAGCGUUCAGGAGUUCCUGGCCGCCUUCUUUGUGAUCCGCUGCUCCGUGAAUAGGAACGUAGAGCCGUUGGAGAUCUUCCUGCGAGAUACCACCGCGUCGACCAGAGAUCGGGGACUCGGAGGGGAGGAGCGCUCGGGCGAGAACCGGAAAGGCGUCUUAUCCUCCAUCAAACACAUAUUUGAGCCCGUCCAGCCCAUGGAGGCCCAAAGAUUCGCAGCCCGCCCCGCCGCAGACGAGAGCGCAGUCGCCUCUCUGGCGCUACUGAAGAGUGUGGUAGACAGCGUGGUGGAAAGCAGCGACGGCGGACGCCUGGACCGCUUCCUCCGCUUCCUCGUGGGCCUGUCUCUGGAGUCCAACCAGGAGCUCCUGCUGCUAGGCAUGCUGCUACCGGAGACUUCCCCCGACGACGUCAGCAAGGUGGCGCAGUACGUCAGGGCGCUGCUGCUGGACAACACAGACAUCAUCGCCGCGGAGAGAUGCGUCAGCCUGCGCCACUGUCUGAUGGAAGUGCCGGACGAUUGCGUUCACAGGGACGUUCAGAGGUACCUGCGGUCGAGGAGGAAGCCGGAGGAAACGUCGUACCUCUCUCCCGCUCACUGCUCAGCACUGGCCCACCUGCUCCUGGUGUCCGAGGAGGUGCUGGAGGAGCUCGACCUGAGGAGAUACAACACGUCGGAUAAGGGGCGCAGGAGGCUCCUCCCGGCUCUCAGGUGCUGCAGGAAGGCCCUAGUUGGAGGCUGUGAGCUGGAUGAGAGGUCCAUAGAGACCGUGGUCUCAGCCCUCCGGUCCCUGAGCUGCCCUUUGAGAGAGCUGGACCUGAGCAACAACGACCUGCACGACUCCUGGAUCAUGACACUUUCCUCUCAGCUCAAGAGUAACCACUGCAGACUGGAGACACUGAGGCUGUCUUCCUGCGCUCUAAAAGACACAGGCUGUGCGUUCCUCUCCUCCGUCCUGAGUUGCCCCGCCUCCUGCCUCAGAGAGCUGGACCUCAGCAACAAUCACCUGCAGGAUGCAGGAGCCAUGCUGCUGUCUGCCCAGCUGGACAGUCCACUCUGUAAACUAGAGAUACUCAGGAUAGCCUCCUGUGGUUUCACAGAUGCUGGCUGCAAGUAUCUGGCCUCGGCGGUGCGAUGCCACCAAUCGCCUCUGGGGGAGCUAGACCUGAGAGGGAACCACAUCAGAAAGCCCACAGCUCAGACACUGCUGGACACUCUGCUGGACCCACGCUGCAAACUACACGUCCUGAGGCUUGAUCACGCUGCUGUAUUAUGGAUAUAUUUGGGACCAGUGCAGCAUGCGUGUGAUCUCACUCUGGACCCAAACACAGCGCACAGCCACCUCUCCCUCUCGGGCGACUGCAGACAGGCCACCCACUCCCCCCAGGAGGAGCAGCCGCAGCACCCCGCCGCCCCCCACCCGGAGCGCUUCCAGCACCGGCCCCAGGUGCUGUGCAGGCAGCCUCUCUCGGGACGCUGCUACUGGGAGGCCGAGUGGAGCCACGACGGCGUCUCCGUGGGAGUGUCUUACAGGGGCAUCGGCAGGAAGGGGUGGAGCCGGGACCGCCUGCUGGGAUACAACGACCAGUCCUGGUGUCUGUUCUACUCCCACGGCGGUUACUCGGCCUGGCACAAUAAGAACCAGACCGCCGUCGUCCCUCGCCGGAGCCGGAUUCGGGCGGUGUCCGGGACGGAGCCGACACACAACCAGGUCCCGUCAGCCACGCGUGCGCCCACCACCACUGACUCCAGCACAGUGGGAGUGUACCUGGACUGGCCGGCUGGCACUCUGUCCUUCUACAGCGUCUCCUCUGACACGCUCACUCGUCUGCAUGCGUUCGAGGAGGCCUCGUUCUCGGAGCCCCUCUAUCCCGCGUUCAGGCUUCGCGAUCUCAACUCCUCGCUGACCUUGCAUGAGAUUUCGUCGUGAGGACAGACUUCAUCAUCAAAUCAUUGUGGUUUUAAAAAUAGGUUUUUUUUUUUCAAAAA